CAAGCACAAGAGAAUGAGUUGCUGCAUCUGGGUAUAUAAGGUACAGGACAUGUGCUGGUAUACCACUGAUGCCAUGCAGAGAGAGCUCCACAGAUAGGACUGACUGCCAUUUGGUGACACUAACAACGACCAGGCAUUUCUAGCUAUUUUGGUAUUCUCGCUUUAUUCAGACUGUUUUGGACUUGUGUGAGCACUGAACAUGAACACUACAGCAAGGUUCCUGCACAUCCUGUUUGUGUGUAUGUGUGUGUCGGCUGUUCAAGCGCGGAUCUGGGCCUGGAUGCUAUCGAUGCCAUACAGCCCACCAGAAGAAGGACCUAUAGGGCUGAGAGAAAGAGAGACAGAGACAUCGCCUAACAGCCAAAAGGGUGAUAUGGUGGCCUGUGACCAUGAUCGUGCCUGUGGAAAGGGUUUCUCCUGUGACCGCCACUUUGGCCUGUGUGUUCCCCUAAGACAAGAAGGGAAAUAUUGCCGGCGAGAUGCCCAGUGUGUGCGAGGACUCAGCUGCAUGUUCGGCAGAUGCAUCCGGAGCAUUCCAGAAGGACAGGAAGGUGCCAGGUGUAAAGUAGACAAGGACUGUGGGGCUUCGAUGUGUUGUGCCCGUCAUCAUGGUGAGAGGGUGUGUAAGCGUCGACUGGUACUGGGAGAGAGCUGCUUCGUGCCAGAUGGAGGACUGGCAUUUAGCAUCAACCAGAUCUGUCCAUGUGAUGAGGGCCUGCUGUGUCGUGGAAAUGGUCAGCCACAAAAAAGAGAGACGGAGUUUGCAUACAAUCCUGAUUCAACCAGCUGGACCUGCCAGGUUCCAAAACACUGAGAGCGUCCUACUGUAAACCUAAUUUAUUGAACUCUUGUAUAUACUGCUUUUAAAUUGUACAUAUAAAUAAAGGGUUUAUUCUUUCAA